GACUCCGUCACGAUCCAACUUCCCCCAGUCCGGUUCAUCCGUCUCAUUUCAAGCAAACGAGAGAGGCGACCGUGCUGGCCCCGUACGCACCGGCCUUCAGCAAGGUACAGCACAGUACGUACCUGGAGCCUCGCACGAUGGUGGACCUCCUCCGCCUGCAGCAGUCCGCUCCACAGGCGUAGAUGAAGACAUCGUUCUUGUUCAGGGCGGAGGACUGAGUGAGGCAAACGACGGCAUGCGAAGGAAGAAGAGCCUUGUCAGGCCGGAGAGGGAGCGGAUUGGUCCAGACCAUAGGCAGUGGAACUACCGCAUGCACGCAGCACAGAUGGAGACGGAGGGUACGGGACGGGUUGGCGUCUUCCCUUCCAAUACCGGAAACUACCCACAUGUUCCCGGAUUGCGGCGGGGCAAAUCCCUCCUUGCAAGAGAGGAGGACGUGCAAGAGUCUGGUCUCGCUCUCUUCAAGAAGCGCAACGCUACGACGCUCCGGCGUAAGCGGCAGGGUCAGACGUCGCGUGUCGGUGGGACAUCGCCCAUCCAGCAGGAGAAACAAACCAAGCCAGGAUUUUGGGACAACAUCGCCCCUGGACCCAAGGAUGGGUGGAUGAUCUAUUGUUGGCUAUUGACAUGCUGCAUCCCCGGCCCGUUGUUAAGUCUUUGUGGCAUCAAAACCCCGGAGCAAAAACGUGCAUGGCGCGAGAAGAUGGGCCUGCUAGCCAUCAUCGGCUGUCUCAUGGCUGCUGUUGGUUUCCUCACUUUCGGGUUCACGCAGACUGUAUGCGGCAAACCACCUCAGCGGUACCUAGCCGGGACGAUCGAUAGUGCUUCGCUGAUCAUUCAUGGCUACGACUACGAUUUCUCGCACUUCCUGCACCCUGCCAUUGCCCCUUAUUUCAACGGCACUCAGAAUCCGCUGUACGUUCCCCCUUGGAUGGCGGAAGGCAUGGAUGCCUCCUUCCUUUUCCAGAACGUCAACCUCAACUGCAAGGGGAUCAUCACCGCCGCCCCGGGAAGCGCCAUCAAUACGAGCGGGACUGGGAACACGGCUAACUUGGGCUGGUACUUCCCAUGCAACUUGUACAACCAGUACGGCACUACACCGGCAAACAAGACCGGGUAUCAGGAUGCAACUCUUUGUCAUGCUACGAGCAGCUCGAGGCAACAGCUGGCAACCAUGGCUCCGCAGGGUCAGGUGUACUAUACGUGGCAGAACAUCAGCAAUACCAGCCGUAAUUUGGCGGUUUAUGAACAAUCCGUACUUGAUCUUGAUCUCCUUCAGUGGCUGGACAAGUCCCAAGUCAAUUAUCCUGCGGUGUUCGAUCAACUGAAAAACAAGAACGGCACGUUCAAUGGUCGCGAUAUUACUAUGUUCAUGCGUCGCGCCGGGUUGCGAAAUAUCGCGUCUUGUUUGCAAGAUGCCGUCCUCGUCGGUUUCGUCGACUCGAUGACAAUAGGUUGUGUCGCUUCAGAGAUCGUGCUCUACGUUUCGCUUGUGUUCAUCAUUGGCGUGGUUGCUAUCAGGUUCGCGCUCGCGGUGAUAUUCGGUUGGUUCCUAUCCUGGCGAAUCGGCUCGUUUAGAGGAGAAACGUACGAGCAGCGGAUGCGGCGAGCGGCUGAAAUCGAGCAGUGGACGGACGACAUCUACCGUGCUGCGCCAGCACGCUACCGACCGAACGUGCUCCAUACUACGAAGGCAAAUCGGAAGACCCAGUUCUUGCCUUCCACAUCCCGCUUCUCGAAGGCGGACGCGUUGAAGGGCGCUGGCAGUCGGCCAACCACGCUAUAUGCGCCUAAUAUGGACUACAGACGGCAGACGACUCUGUCUACCUAUGGGAAGACGCCGGGGUUCACUCCUCCCGACACGCCCUUUGGCUAUCCUGCCAACUCGCGCAGCUCAACUAGCCUGCCGUUCGGCGAGGGCUCCUCUGCCCGCCACUCUAUUUCAGACCCGAAUCUCAAUGCCUGCCCCUUCCCGCUGCAUAACGUCAUCCCCCAGCCUCCGGCAGACUACGAGCCGUUCAACUUUCCCCUUGCGCAUACGAUCUGCUUGGUCACUGCUUAUUCCGAGUCGGUCGAGGGUCUCCGUACGACACUCGAUUCCCUGGCGACGACGGACUACCCUAAUUCGCACAAGCUUCUGCUCGUCAUUGCAGACGGUACAGUGUUUGGUGCUGGAAAUACGCUUUCCACCCCCGAGAUUGUGCUCAGUAUGAUGAAGGAGUGUGUCAUCCCGAAAGAGGAGGUCGAGCCACACUCAUAUGUCGCUAUUGCCGAUGGUCAUAAGCGGCACAACAUGGCCAAGGUGUAUGCCGGCUUCUACGACUAUGACGACAACACGGUCGAGAAGAGCAAGCAGCAGCGUGUGCCUAUCAUCCUCGUUCACAAAUGCGGUAAUCCUCUCGAGCAAAAGGACGCCAAACCUGGUAACCGUGGUAAGCGCGAUUCCCAGAUCGUGCUCAUGAGCUUCCUUCAGAAGGUCAUGUUCGACGAGCGGAUGACCACCUUCGAGUACGAGUUCUUCAACUCAAUAUGGCGCGUCACUGGUGUCAGUCCUGAUCGGUACGAGAUCGUUCUCUGCGUCGAUGCGGACACCAAGGUUUUCCCGGACUCUGUCACUCGCAUGGUAUCCUGCAUGGUGUAUGAUCCGGACAUCAUGGGUCUAUGUGGAGAGACCAAGAUUGCCAACAAGGCCGAGACUUGGGUGACGAUGAUCCAGGUGUUUGAGUACUACAUCUCGCAUCACUUGACAAAGGCCUUCGAAUCUAUGUUUGGCGGUGUCACUUGCUUGCCGGGAUGUUUCAGUAUGUACCGUAUCAAGGCUCCUAAGGGUGACACUGGCUAUUGGGUUCCUAUUCUGGCCAAUCCGGACGUCGUCGAGCACUAUUCGGAGAACAUCGUUGACACGCUGCACAAGAAGAACCUGCUAUUGCUCGGAGAAGAUCGAUAUCUCACCACGCUCAUGCUCAAAACCUUCCCCAAGCGCAAGAUGAUUUUCUGUCCUCAAGCCGUGUGCAAAACGAUCGUGCCUGACACGUUCCGUGUGUUGCUCUCUCAGCGUCGUCGCUGGAUUAACUCCACCAUCCACAACCUGGCCGAGCUUUUGCUGGUGCGCGACCUCUGCGGCACAUUCUGCUUCUCGAUGCAAUUCGUUGUAUUCAUGGAGCUUACCGGUACCCUCGUCCUGCCAGCUGCUAUCUCUUUCACUAUAUACCUCAUCGUUAUCGCCUGUAUUCCCUCAGAACCGACUCCCACCAUCCCUCUUAUCCUCCUUGCUAUCAUUUUGGGUCUUCCUGGUGUGCUCAUCGUCGUCACCUCGCGCAAGAUCGCCUACGUCGGCUGGAUGCUUGUAUACCUGUUCUCACUCCCGAUUUGGAACUUUGUCUUGCCGGCAUAUGCCUUCUGGCACUUUGACGAUUUCUCAUGGGGUCAGACGCGUAUGGUCAAGGGCGAGACGAAGGGAGGUAAGCAUGGUGACAAAGAGGGAGAGUUCGAUUCGUCGCACAUCGUCAUGAAGCGCUGGGCUGAGUUUGAGCGGGAGAGAAGGUGGAAGAACGGUGGCUACUCGCGGGACUCGACAUACUAUGAUGCGCCUAGAAGGACUGAUUCGCAUCGGUACUCCAUCGGUUCAACCUCGGAAACCUACUUCUCGGGGAACACGGACGCUGUCCUAUCCCGUCAAUCGCAGCCACUGUCUCAGGUCGCCUCCCAAUACGAGUCUCCAGAGCCGCGUUAUGACCGACCACGCGCCGACAGUACGCCGCUUCUGAUGCUGCCAGCACCGUUGUCUGUGCCGCAAAGUAGACCGCCACCCCGGGAUGCAUCCCCGGCUUCCAGCAAGUCAGCGGACGUCUCUGCUACUGAGGAUGAUGUGCCUAUCCUCCAAGCAUCACCCGAUCAAUAUCUCAGUCCACAAUACAUGGGUUCCGGCCUUGGUGGGCCCAGUGCGGUGCUCCGGCAGGGAACCGUGCCUACUGCCGCAUACCCUGGCGAAACCCAAAAUCCUUAUCGGCACUCACAACCGCAGGCAGCGGUUGGCUACGAGGCUAACCCCUACCAAUACGAAGCAGAAGAGGACUAUCCGCCGCCGCCGCCUCCUCGCCGUGCCUCUACUCAGGGCCGCGGUGUGAGCUUGGUCGAUCAUGGCCCUGUUCCUGCUGCGGGGGAAAGCGUAAGGCAGGUCAAGCGGUCUUCUCGCAAGAGCACAGGAGCCCUGAGUCCUUCAUCAUUAUCUACUGCCUCAACUUCACAGACUGUUAUGAGCCCCGACCGGAAACGCAAGUCGCUUUCGACAUAUUCAUCGAGCUCACAACCGGCAGCUGCGCUGCCGCCGGGUGCGGCGCCACCUCAGCCGUACAAUUACCAACGGUUUCAGUAACGGACUUUUCGAGUUCUCAUUUCUCACGGAACUUCUUGCCCCGUUCCUCCUCUCACCCUCUCAUUGUGAUUCAUGGUUAUGUCUCACUUUUAAUCUGUUAUGGUCCUCAGGACAGUAUGAACACGCCUUCUUUUUUCCUAUUAGCAUUCUUUCCCCUUCCUCUGCAUCUAUACGGACU